AUGUUAUCCAUUCAUGCCAAGAUUGGACUGGGGGUAGUGGCUUCAUAUACAUCCUACGCUUUGUAUGUUUCAUACGCAGCAAAUAGGGAAAUCACAAAAAGAGCACAGAUAGAAAAAGCCAGAUCUGAGGAGUCAAGGUUAAAACAGGAAGCAAUCCCUGAUAGUAUCUUAGAUAAAUACUCAAGUUUCACUGUUGCUGGUAGAUUUGAAAACCCAUUUGAAGAAUAUAGAGUUCAAACAUUAUUUGAGUUUUUCCUUAGUAGGAUUUUAGAACUUUUUGAAGGAAAGGGAAGAGGAAAUGUUCCAUCAAAAGCCAGGUUAAGAGAGCUAUUACCAAUUUAUGAACCUGACUUUGAACUUCUUAAAGAAUCAUCAUUAGUUGACAACGCUCAAAAAGUUGAAAGCACUGAUAUAUCAAUACCCAAACAUCAAGAUCGCUUAACAUUCACCUGGCUAGGCCAAUCAUGUGCAUACGUUCAAAUAAGUGGUGUCAAUUUCCUUACAGAUCCUUUAUUUAGCAAUUAUUUGGUCAACUCAAUUUUAGGGCCUAAAAGAAUAACUCCAUCACCAUGCAAAUUAAACGAACUACCAAAACCUCAUUACAUUAUGGUUUCUCAUAAUCAUCCAGAUCAUUUUGAUGAGGAGGUUGCCGAAGAAGUGAAAAAUGCUUCAACGUGGAUUGUUCCUAUGGGGUUGAGAAAAACCUUGGCUAAGAAAGGUAUCUACAAUACUAUAGAGUUGGACUGGUGGGAUAAAGUGAAAUUGCCUGUUGCUGAGGAUCCAAAUAAUCUUUAUGAGGUUGCUUGUACACCUGCAAUGCAUUGGUCAGGUAGACAUUUAUUGGACUCGAACUCUACCUUGUGGUGUUCCUUCUUGAUUUUGAAGAAUGGUAAACCUAUUUUUUUUCACGCAGGUGAUACUGGAUAUGUCCAUGAUUUAUUCAAGAUGAUAGGUUCUAAAUUUGGGUAUGGCUUGAAAUUAGCCAUGCUUCCAUGCGGUCAAUACUGUCCUCAAUGGCAUCAAAAACCCCGUCAUAUAAAUCCGGAGGAAUGUGUCAAAAUAAUGGAUGACUUAAAAGCCAAAAAGAUUGUUGGUGUGCACUGGGGCACAUUUGUGUUAAGCAGUGAACAUUUCCUUGAACCAAAAUUGAAACUCGAAGAAUUGGCAAAGAGUCUGAAUAAAGCUCAUGAUAUUUUUGCUCCAGAUUUUGGCAAGACUAUAAUAUUUGACAUUGGCGAUGAUGCAAACGAAGAUGAGAGUAGGUAUAUUCCAGUUAGAGAUGGGAAAAGUAUACUAGUUAAAUAG